CUGUUGCAUAAACAAAAAGCAAAAAGAAAGCACAGACGACUGUACUUAAAUUUGCCACAUUGCUAUCUGUAAUCUGUGCAUACAGCAUAUUAGUACAUGUUCAGCCAUGUCUUCAAGCCAUGCAAAGGACUCCAGCUUUUUGGGAGGCAGAAUACCACCUGAAGUCGAGUCAAUGUCAAAAAACCUGAAGGAUGUGGACCAAGAGAUGUUCAGAAAAAUACUGAAAGCUGUGGUCAGUGCCCUGGAGGGGAAGGACUGCAGAGAAGUGAUGAAGUCGAUAGCAGAGAGCAGUGCCAUCCCCCAGGAGAGGCUCAGUUACAUCGUAGCUGGGAUGUACAGAGUUCUGUCUGAAGCCAUCCGCAUCCCCACAUCCUCGCUUAAACAAGAGGCCUUUAAAGAAGAUCUUAGAGAGCUGAGGAUACCUGAAGAAUUUAUCACAGAUUUCUCCAGUGUGGUUUUUGGCAGUCGGCGUGCAGCUCUAGAGGCAGCAACCUCCCAGAAUGAUCCUCACCUCCCCACAGUAGAAGACUUUAAAUGGAGAGUGGAUGUUGCCAUUUCUACGAGCUCUUUAGCUCGGGCCUUGCAGCCUUCUGUUCUGAUGCAGAUGAAACUGUCAGACGGGAGCUUUCACCGCUUUGAGGUGCCUGUGUCUAAAUUCCAGGAGCUCCGGUACAACGUGGCUCUGAUCCUCAAAGAGAUGAAUGAUCUGGAGAAGAGGAGCAUUCUUCAAAUCCAAGAUUGAUAUAUCAACACAGGGCUGUUAUCUUAUUAAACUCUCCUCUUUUCUUAGUUUUCAAGAUUUAAUGGGAUUUUGUAAAUUGCACCAGAUGCCGCUCAUUUAAAUAAUUUCAAAUGUGAUAUCAUGAGAGAUGCGAAUAAUGUUCCUGUCAUGAUGUUAUGAUUUGAUGGUGUUGGCAUCCAACAUACUUGACUGCUGACAGAGGGCAAAAUAAUAUGAAUAGUUAGCCAGCUGGCUGCACCACAGGGGCGCUGUACCUAAUGACGAUACUGAAGACAAAAGACAAGGACUCAAGACAGUUUCCUGCAUCACAGCACACAUAUGAAAACAAAUCUAUGAAGUCAGACUGUACCACCACCUUUCCUCGCUGUGUUGUGAACUGGACAUUUUAGUUUCAGUUUCAGUUCGGUGGUUGUGGGGAGACGUGAGACUGCUGCAAAGCCUCCGUUGUGCCAAAAUACAAAUGCAGCCAUGUGAGCACUCAGACGCUCCCUUGCUAAGUGACCACUUUAACUGGUGUCAUGUGAUCUGUUGAGUUUGAGACUCGACAUUGCUAACAUGCUUCUGAAACAUGAUGAUGUGCAAGUCAAAGAAUAAACAAGGUCUACUCAUGUUUUUAUAUGUGUAAUUCAAACCAUUGACAGCACAAAAGCUUUGGGUUGUAACAACUAAAUGACAAAUUUUCUCUUUUUUUUCUAUCUGUGUUCCAUAAUAACAUCAAGAAUUUUUAUCUCUUGAACCACAUUUCUCCAAUAAAAUCUGUCAGUUCUUG